AUGCAGGUGCAGGAUGAAAGAAGCAACAUCUUAAACUUCACUGUUCAGAGGAGUGUCACCCGGACCACUGAGAGGACUGCACCUUCUCUUACAUUCUAUUGGUUCCACUUUACCUCUCUCUCCCUCCCCCUCCCUCCCUGCUUUGCUGCAGAUAAAUGAAGCGGAUCCCCCCUCCUCCACCCCUCCCAGUGUUAGAUGGUACGACCCACUGCCAUCCUCAGCGGUCACCUCUCUGCCAGUCAGGACUCAGUCUCUCACACUCGGAGUCGUCAGGCUUCAUCUCUCCCUCUUCCUCUUCUUCUUCUCUGAUUAUGACCCAUUACAGGAAUGACUGCCACCUAGACAGACACACCGGGAUGAACGGUGAGCCGAAGGCCAGUCGCACCCCAACAGCCAAGAGAGGAAGCGGCGCUGCUGACAGGUCAGACUAUGAGAUGGAGUAUGACAGAUAUCCUGAUGACCACUAUAGCAGGGUGUUUGACUACCAGCGUGUACCCUCCUCAUUCCCGGUGGAUCCCAGUCCUGUCAAACGGCCCCGUCCUUCAUCCUCCUCCUCCUCCUCGUCCUCCUCCACAGCAGCUCUGAGGGUGAAGCGCAGCAGAGCGUCAAGCAGGAGCAACAGCACACACGUCUCCUCCUCCAGCAGCAAACUGAAGAUGGCGGAGCUUCUUGCCAUAAAGAAGGAAUUGACAAUGAUCAAGGUUCAGAUCGACGGCCUGCUGGACUGUGUGGACAAGAUGGACAGGCAGAGGAAGGACUGCUCAGAGUGCCCUCAGAGCAGGGAGCCCAGUGUGUCGGACUCUCCUCACCAUGGACUAAUCAGCAGCCUGGAGAGAGAAAGUCCUGAACCAGGAGAGGCCAGCGAGGACGAGCCCCUGCAGUACCAGUACUACUACCCCCACAGCUACAGGAUAAAGCAGCAUCAGUCUGAUCUGGAGGACGACCUGUGAUGCUGCAGCUCAGAAUCAGAAGCUUGAACUGGAUGGAAGACGCUUUGAAGAGGCAUUGGCAACACGAGAACACUGAACCGAGUCUCCUCCACACCAGAAUCUGCCCAUCGCUGUCAGUUUGUUGUGUCUUCUCAGUUUUCCACUGACAACAAAAUCAUAUGUGCUUGGCCUCCAUGCUGUUGACACAUGGAACAUAACUACAUGUCUGUGCUUUCAUCAAGCACAGUAUAUCAGAGUUUUUGCAGAACUUUUGUUUCAUAUAUUUUAGUCAGCUAUUUUUGUUUUUUCCCUUUAUUUUAUGAUUAUAAUUACACACUGUACACUUACAGUUAUAUAAACAAAUUAGACAUCCAUACCUAAAAAGUCUUUUAUCAUCCUGUCAGAUCUAUGUUAAUAAAGUUCGUGUGGCAUCAGCUGGCAGCUGCUUGCCAAUGUUGAUUUCACUGGGCCUGUUGUUACGUGUGACCACAUUAUGGUUUAGUGUUAAGAUUGGGGGAGCAUGGCUUUAUUCAAUUAAAAUCAAUUUAGUUUUAUUUGUAUAGCGCCAAAUCACAACAAAAGUCUCCUCAAGACUCUACAAAGUAAGGUCUAGACCUUCCUAUUAUUAUUAUUUAUGAGAUCCUGGUUAAAUUAUACUAUUUAACUGGUUAUAAAGUGAAAUACGGACAAUCUCUGAUUAAAAAAAAUUACCUAAUUAUAUAAAUGGAAGGUAAAAAUUUUUCACCAUGGAAUGAUAAUAUGAGUAAAUGUAAACAUUUGGUCCCAUUUAUAGCAGGCAGUUCAGUUUUAUGGUUUGGUUUGCAGUAGCAGAUAAAACGGUUAAAGUUAGCUUAGCUCAGUGUUUGAAAUAGUUUGGUUUGGGUUAGUCAGUAGUUCAGUAGCUAAAACAGUUGGCUUUGCACAAGUUCAACUAUCAGUUGGGCAGAUAGAAUAGCUUAGCAGCUUAAACAGUCUGCCUUCCCAUUGUCCCAUUCUGUGCUGCACACUAGCCUAUUUUAAUUAACCCUGUGCAAAUACACAUUGUGUAAUAUUUACUAUGUUCCUUACUUUCAACACUAACUGUUUCGUCAUUCCAUCAUAAUUUACUUGGAUUUUCGGCCACGAUCACCAGAUUUCUGGUGCCUGGUUUAUGGAGAGCACGGCCACCAAACUGUUGCCAAGGUAAACACACACAGACUUUUCCUCUAGCGUCUUCACCAAGCCGGACAAACCCAUGAUGGACUGUAAAUAUGUCAGGAGCACUCAUGUAAAUUUUGUCAGUUCAGUUGUCAAUUACACUUGAACUAUUUAUGUGUACACUAGUGGCUCUUUAUACUUUACAUUUCAAACUUCAAAAAAUGGCGCUACAAAUGUUUUAUUAAAUCCUGUGACUGAAGGUCAUUUUGGAAAUAUGACGAGCUUCAUUCAGUGUCACUGUAGUUUCUGCUAUUGGUGCUUUUGUGUUUGUUCUCAGUGCUGAAUUGAACUUAUUUCAAUGUGAGUGUAGUAAAGAUAUUUUUCAUAAAAUUGAGGUGUGGUUGGAGUUUUG